AUGGCAGGCUGGUUCUCUUCAACCUCGCCGCUCGAUGAGCAGAUCGAGCGGGCGACAGCUUCCUCCCUGGAAGACAUUGCGCUCAACCUGGAGAUAUCAGAUAUGGUUCGAUCAAAGAGUGUUCAGCCCAAGGAUGGAAUGAGGUCUUUGAAACGGCGUCUUGAGAAUAGGAAUCCCAAUAUUCAGCUGGCGACACUGAAGUUAACGGAUACAUGUGUCAAAAACGGAGGCACCCAUUUCCUGGCCGAGAUCGCUUCUCGAGAAUUCAUGGAUAACCUUGUCUCAUUGCUGAAAUCUGAAGGCGCUCCCCUUAAUGCCGAGGUCCAGGGGAAAAUAUUAGAACUUAUUCAGAACUGGGCCAUGGCUGCACAGGGCCGUAUGGAUUUGACGUAUUUGGGCGAGACAUAUCGCAAAUUGCAGAGCGAAGGAUACCAGUUUCCACCAAAGACAGAAAUGAGCGGCAGUAUGCUGGAGAGUAGCGCACCUCCAGAGUGGAUCGACUCUGAAGUCUGCAUGCGAUGUCGGACUGCCUUCAGCUUUAUGAAUCGCAAACACCACUGCCGUAACUGCGGCAACGUUUUCGACGCACAGUGUUCAAGCAAGACCAUUCCUUUACCGCAUCUUGGAAUUCUGCAGCCGGUCAGAGUAGAUGAUGGAUGUCAUGCCAAACUAACCUCGAAGUCAUUUGCGCCACCGGGAAUUUCGGAUCGAUCCGCAUUCAAAAACAACUCCAUCAGCAAAUCUAACACGAUGGAACCUCGUGCUGGUAAAGCGGAUACGGGAUUUGAUGAGGAUUUGCGUCGAGCGUUGCAAAUGAGUCUCGAUGAAGCCGAGGGUAGAGGAUCUUCGGGGUUUGUACCGCAGACAGGCAACGCCCCGGAACCUGCGAAACCCGCCCCAGCGCUCGAGAGUGUUGACGAGGAAGAUGCGGAUCUCAAGGCUGCGAUUGAAGCGUCCCUGCGUGAUAUGGAACAGCACAAGCAAAACCAUGCGGCCGCAUUGAAGAACGUGCCCACUCCAAGUUCUACCUUACGCGAUUCCUCCAGCACGCCCACUCCAUUGACUAAAAAUCCAUACGAACUAACCCCCGUUGAAACUGAGAAUAUUCAUCUCUUCUCUACACUGGUUGAUCGGCUCCAACAUCAACCGCCGGGCACAAUUCUUAGAGAGCCGCAGAUUCAGGAACUUUAUGAGAGUAUCGGUUCCCUUCGACCAAAGCUAGCUCGAAGCUAUGGAGAGACCAUGAGUAAACAUGAUACAUUAUUGGAUCUCCAUGCGAAGCUCUCUACGGUUGUACGUUACUAUGAUCGGAUGCUGGAAGAGCGUCUGACCAGUGCCUAUUCCCAACACACCCUUGGGCAUGGAGCUGUCCCUGGGGCGGCGCACUACCCAAAUCUUCAGCCAUCCUUCCCUACUCAUGCUCCCGAUGUCCAGAGUGGAGCCGAGAAUUUCUAUUAUGGCACUCAAAUGGACAGCUCCCGCCCACCUACUACCAUCUAUGCAUCGCAUCAUGUGAACAACGAGGGAUAUCGAGGUGCACCUAGCGCCUUCCAGAAUUCCGCAUACACUUCACAAACUCAACACGGAGCUCCCACGAAUGAGUCUCACGGCCACACCUGGGGUGGAAAUACCCAUUCGACCCUUGGCUCACCUUCACCUAACAACGCCAUUCCAAAUAACUAUGCCAAUACCGCAGCACCAAGUGCUCCGGCUCAAUAUUACGCCGGACCACACGACCAAGACUCAGCCAAGUCACCCGGCACAGAACCCCCAUACCAGCCGUCACCCGUUAUGCACCAGGACUCUCAGUAUCAGGCCAGUGCGCCUCCCAGCGGUCCUACCCCCGCGCCCGAUCAACACGCAUCUGCCGGGUAUGCACAAUCGUCAGGCUAUUCGGCGCCGCCUACUGUGCCAGCACUUCAUCAGCAGGAAACGGGCCCUUCUCAAUCUUACUAUUACUCGCCACAGUCUCAACCCCAACACCCCCCAAACGCUGUGCCAUCUGCUUAUCCUUCAACCACCGCUGGACAACCGGGAUCGUAUGCACAGGAGAAUUCGCAGCCGCCUUACCAGCAACCAGCACGGCCAGUGGAGGAAAACUUGAUUGAGCUAUAG